GAGUUACGUCGGCAUGAGAGGAAGAAAGACAAACAGCUUCCCAGAGCUUUCUGUGGUAACAGGGGAAGAGAACAAUUAUUCCAGCUCUCUUUGUUAUUCCUCACAGGCAGCACGAUGCCACGGCGUGCCCGCGGUGUUGCUUGUAACGUAGGACGACGAGAGGAAACCAGCUAGCCAGCUAGCUUAGCCACACAGUCUGACAGCCGACGUCAUUAGCCUGUAGCUAACUAGUUAGUUCCCUUUGAGUAACGUGAAGUCAAAGCAGUCAUGGCGCAGAAAGUCAAUCCAUGUUCAGUUUCCCUCAGAGUGGAGGGUAUGACUUGUGGCUCCUGUGUGCAGUCCAUAGAGCAGCGCAUCGGGUUGCUGCCUGGAGUGAUGCACAUAAAGGUGUCUUUAGAGCAGAAGAAUGCCACUGUCAUAUUUGACCACAGCCAACAGAGCCCAGAGUCUCUGUCAGAGGCCAUCGAGGACAUGGGCUUUGAAUCAACUCUAUCAGACUCUAGCACAGCCACACCCGUCUCUACAGAAACCCAGCUGAUUCCCACCUCAGGCCUGACACCUGCAUCACAACAGGAAGCUGUGGAGAAGCUAUCCCAGAUUCGGGGAGUGUUGGAUGUCAGAGAGGGUCCAGCCCAGACGGGUCUGAAUGUUACCUUUGUUUCUUCCCUGACGUCUGCGCAGCAGCUGAGUGAGGUGGUGGCCAGCAUAACCCCUCUGGAGAUCCCCACACCCAGCAGCCCAGUGCAGAAAGGCCCAACCUUGUCCCCAUCUCACACCAUGGCAGGCGGGGUGACAUUGCUUAAGUUGAGCAUUGAAGGAAUGACAUGUCACUCUUGCACCACCACUAUUGAAGGGAAGAUUGGAAAACUGAAAGGGAUUGAAAAGAUCAAAGUUGUUUUAGAGACUCAGGAAGCUACGAUCCUGUACCUGCCUUACCUCAUCACUGUCCAAACCAUCACCGACCAGAUUGCUGUGGCUGGUUUCAAGGCAUUUAUCAAGUCCAAGCCCCGUCCCCUGCAGCUGUCCCCCAGCGAAAUGGAACGUUUGGUUGAUUCUCAAAAACCAACAGUCUCUUCGCCAUCAGAGACUUCGGAGGAGACUGAAAUCUUCAUAGACACGACUCUUAUCGCGCUCAGGGUUAAAGGAAUGCACUGCCAUUCAUGCGAGGUCAAUAUCCAAGACAAUAUUUCAAAGCUGCAUGGUGUCUCCUCUGUGGAGGUCUCUCUGGAGAAAGAGAAGACGUCUAUCUGCUAUGAUCCUCUAAAGGUCACUGUGACUCAGUUACAGCAGGCCAUUGAGGCGCUGCCUCCAGGAAACUUCAAGACUCAACUCUGGGAUUCCACUGGCCCUCUGAGUCCGGUUCCCACAUCGCCAACGCCUGCCUUAUCGCCACCUCGGCCUGCACGAGCAACCCAGGUCAAACCUGCUGCCUCACAGCCUUGUUUCUCCCAGCCUCUGGCAUCUGUAGCUAAAAUUCACAUCGAAGGCAUGACAUGCAACUCCUGUGUCCAGUCCAUCGAAGGCAUGAUCUCCCAAAGGAAGGGGGUGAUGUCAGCCCAGGUCUCUCUGUCCGAUCAUCAGGGGACCUUUGACUACGAUCCCCUCCAGACCACACCUGAAGAGCUCAGGGAGGCCAUCGAGGACAUGGGCUUUGAUGCCUUCCUGCCUGAGACCAAUUCCUUGCUGCCUGCACCAAAUCCAAGUCUCCCAAAGUCUUCAAGUCUAACAUAUGUGAAAGAUAAGGAGCUGGAAAGUGACAUACACAAAGAAACCCUGCAGGGUCGCAAUGGAGACAAGCACUCUAAAUGUUACAUCCAGAUCGGAGGGAUGACCUGCGCUUCCUGUGUGGCAAACAUAGAGAGAAACCUCAAGAAUGAAGCUGGGAUCUACUCUGUUCUGGUGGCACUAAUGGCCAGUAAAGCUGAGGUGCGUUACAACCCUGAGGUCAUUGAACCUGUGAAGAUCGCUGAGUGUGUGAUGGAGCUUGGCUUUACAGCCUCCGUCAUGGAGAACUAUGAAGGUUCAGAUGGAAACCUAGAAUUAGUGGUCAGAGGAAUGACGUGUGCCUCUUGUGUUCACAAAAUCGAAUCCAGCCUCAUGAGAGAAAAGGGGAUUAUAUAUGCCUCUGUUGCCUUGGCAACCAACAAAGCACACAUAAAGUACGACUCGGAAAUUAUAGGGCCGCGAGACAUCAUCAAGCUGAUCGAGAAUUUGGGAUUUGAAGCAUCUCUGGUGAAGAGAGACCGCACAGCCAGUCACCUUGACCACAGCAAAGAGAUACGACAGUGGAGGAAAUCUUUCCUGGUGAGCUUAUUUUUCUGCGUGCCUGUGAUGGGCAUGAUGAUGUACAUGAUAAUCAUGGACCACCAGAUGAAUGUUUCACACCAACACAACGCCACAGUGGAGGACCGCAAUCACUUCCACGCCACCAUGUUUUUGGAGAGACAGCUGCUCCCAGGCCUCUCCAUCAUGAACCUCCUCUCCUUCCUCUUCUGUGUGCCUGUACAGUUUAUUGGAGGUCGUUACUUCUACAUUCAAGCAUACAAAGCAGUCAAACACAAAUCUGCCAACAUGGAUGUUCUAAUAGUCCUGGCUACCACCAUAGCCUUCACCUACUCACUGGUGGUCCUCAUAGUGGCCAUGGUGGAGAAGGCAAAAGUCAACCCCAUCACCUUCUUCGACACGCCACCCAUGCUGUUUGUCUUCAUCUCCCUGGGUCGCUGGCUGGAACAGAUAGCCAAGAGCAAGACAUCUGAGGCUUUGUCCAAGCUGAUGUCUCUACAAGCAACUGAGGCCACAGUGGUCACUCUCGGCAGCGACAAGUCCAUUCUCAGUGAGGAGCAGGUGGAUGUUGAGCUGGUGCAGAGGGGCGAUGUGGUGAAAGUCGUUCCUGGAGGGAAGUUUCCAGUCGAUGGGAGGGUCAUCGAGGGACACUCCAUGGCUGAUGAGUCUCUGAUCACAGGUGAGGCCAUGCCAGUGACUAAGAAGCUCGGGAGCUCUGUGAUCGCAGGCUCUAUUAACCAGAAUGGCUCUCUGCUCGUCAGCGCUACACAUGUUGGCAUGGACACCACGCUGUCUCAGAUUGUCAAACUAGUCGAGGAGGCUCAGACUUCAAAGGCUCCCAUCCAGCAGUAUGCAGAUAAGAUCAGUGGCUACUUUGUCCCCUUCAUUGUUGGCAUAUCUGUCAUCACGCUGAUCGCCUGGAUCAUCAUUGGGUUUUUAGACUUUGCUCUUGUGGAGAAGUAUUUUCCUGGUUACGACAAGAGCAUUUCCAGGGCCGAGGCAGUGAUUCGUUUCGCCUUCCAGGCCUCCAUAACGGUGUUAUGCAUCGCAUGUCCCUGUUCUCUUGGCUUGGCAACCCCAACAGCUGUCAUGGUGGGCACAGGAGUUGGAGCCCAAAAUGGCAUCCUGAUAAAGGGAGGAGAGCCACUCGAGAUGGCACAUAAGGUCCAGUCGGUGGUGUUUGAUAAGACUGGGACCAUCACAUAUGGUGCUCCGAAGGUUAUCCAAGUCAAGAUAGUUGUGGAGGGAAAUAAGAUGCCUCGUUCCCGACUGCUGGCCAUCGUGGGCACAGCUGAGAACAACAGUGAACACCCUCUGGGAGCAGCUAUCACCAAAUACUGCAAACAGGAGCUCGGCACAGAGUCUCUUGGUUCAUGUUCUGACUUUCAGGCGGUGCCGGGCUGUGGCAUCCGAUGUCAGGUCAGCAACACAGAGACCUUGCUGAAACAGGCGGACAGCGACAGCGAGGACAACAACCAGCGCAACAGUGUCCUCGUUCAGAUCAGCGACACACGGAUGUCCACCAGCUCCCAUCCACUCAUCAUGGACCCACAGCCACUAAGUGUUGUCCAGACAGCCACCUAUGUGGUCCUGAUUGGCAACAGAGAGUGGAUGAGGAGGAACUGCCUGCAGCUGCGACCAGAUAUAGAUGAGGCCAUGACGGAGCAUGAGCGCAGAGGACGCACAGCUGUUCUAGUGGCUGUAGACAAUCUGCUGUGUGCGAUGAUAGCCAUAGCCGACACAGUGAAACCAGAGGCUGAGCUGGCAGUUCACACUCUGACCAGCAUGGGCCUGGAAGUUGUGCUAAUGACCGGAGACAACAGCAAGACGGCACGAGCCAUUGCUGCUCAGGUGGGUAUCAGGAAGGUGUUUGCCGAGGUGCUGCCGUCCCAUAAAGUGGCUAAAGUGGAGCAGCUGCAGCAGGCAGGAAAGAGAGUGGCCAUGGUGGGCGACGGCGUCAACGACUCACCUGCUCUGGCUAUGGCCGACGUAGGAAUUGCAAUAGGAACUGGGACAGAUGUGGCCAUAGAAGCAGCAGACGUGGUGUUGAUCAGGAAUGACCUCCUGGAUGUUGUGGGCAGCAUCGACCUCUCUAAAAAGACUGUCAAGAGGAUCAGGAUCAACUUUGUAUUUGCUCUCAUCUACAACCUGGUUGGCAUUCCUAUCGCUGCUGGUGUGUUCCUGCCCGUGGGUCUUGUGUUACAGCCAUGGAUGGGCUCUGCUGCGAUGGCGCUGUCAUCGGUCUCUGUGGUUUUGUCCUCUCUCCUACUCAAAUGUUACGUUAAACCCAGUGCUGAGAAGUUGGAGUCCAGACUGGGUAACAGCAGGCGGCAGGGCAGCCUGUCCGACGUCAGCGUCCACAUCGGGAUGGGUGAGAUGCGUCGUCCCUCCCCCAGACUCAGCCUGCUGGACCGCAUUGUCAACUACAGUCGUGCCUCCAUCAACUCCCUGCGCUCAGACAAGCACUCCCUCAACAGCUUGGUGCUCAGCGAGCCCGACAAACACUCGCUGCUGGUGGGGGAGGCGCUGUGUGAGGAGGAGUUUUGCUGAAGGCUCACAUGGGUCAACAACGACUUUUAUAUGCUGAAGUAGACACUAACUGCAUUUAUUGAAGGCGAGGCAGUGCUUAGCUGAAAGGGUUACGUUGAAUAAUGGCCCAUCCAUCUGCUGUAGGUGCCUUAGGGCAGCACUGUUGUUUUUUCUAGCUCAACCAGCUGAUCACAUGCACUUCAGAGCACAAGGGACUGAGUUUCUCUCCCUCAGUUGCAGACUAUCUUUUGUUGAGGUCACGGCCCCUGGGCACACUCUUUGACCAACCCUCUGACACUCCUGUGUGCAGGGGCAUGGAGCAUCUACGGAGUCUUGAAGCAGGUGUCCACAUCCAGGAAGCAGAGUGACGAGCAUCUCUGCCACUGUGGCCAUCUGCCAGUACAAUCUUUAACACCGAUCCAAAGACAUUUUAACAGUGGUGCCCUAUGUAAGAGUGGACACUACUGAGUUAUAUUUUAACUCAAUUCCAUAAAUGGAAAAUUAUAAUAACACAGUGUGUAUAAUUAUAUUCCAGAGUAUUUAUAUUACCCUUAUUUAUCUUUUUUCAUUAUAUCCUUUGUGAAAAAUGAAGUUGUUGAAUCCAAAUGCCAAUUCUAGUUUUCAAUCUCCCAAAAUGUGUAAUAACUCAGUAAUGUGAGGAGAAACUCUGUCAAUCAAAGAAGUCUUGUAACUUGCUGAGAACAGAUUUUUGUGCAGAGUGCUAAUGGAUUGAGUUGUAAAUGUUACCCAAGUGCCAGUUAAAGUGCCACCUUGGCAGAGUCAAACACAUUCCAAAGAUAGCACCGUACAGAAGUUACCUUGGACUUACUUGAUGUGCACAAAGUGUGAACAGAGAUAAGGUCAACGACUCACUGCAGAGACUGUGAAUGCUCAAACUGAACAAGACUCAUAGGUCAUAGGUCUCUACUGUUGCAACGACCCUCUGCAUCUUUGGUUAAUGAUACAAGUUUUCUGUCAAUGAAUGUGAACAUUAUUCACUGUUAAACUUAUAGGCAUGGUUCAGAUUUUUUGAAGUGGGGCUGCAUGAGAUAUUUAUUCACAGCCAGUGUUUUACCUACAGUAGAUGGCGGGCAGCACGCCCCCAGUUGUGGAAGCAGGCAGGAAUACCAGUACGGCAGCUAAGAAAAAGCAACUGGACGACAGCAGCAGCAAAACAUAUUUUAGCCUAAAAAAUAAAAUACAUCUGUUAAAGCGUAAGCUGAAUGUAGAAAAUUCUACAGCCCUUUCCGAUGGGAAAAUGAAGCCGUUCUAUGGUCUCAUCAGACACCAGACUCCUUUGAAAAAACAGCCAUUUUUCUUUGCAGAACACAGGAGUUGCUGGUCUACAGCUGCAUUUGUUUAGUUUGUUUGUGUUAUCGUGUGGCUUUGGUGAAUCUAAACUUGCCCUUUAAAACACAAGUCACACAAUCACGUCACAAUAACACACACAAACUAACUGAUUGAGGCAGCGGUGGGUGAGCAACUCCUAUCUUUUGCAAGUUAAAAUGAUUGGUUUUGCCCAAGGAGUCUGGUGGCUUUGGAGAGAGCCAAAAUAGAUGUAACAGCUUAGAUUCUCCAUCAGAAAAGGCUGCAUUUGGGUAAGCAAAUCAGUAAGAAUAAUCAAAACAUAGUGUGCACUUAAAAUGAUAUAUAUUUUUGUUGGUGGCUAAAAUACAUUUUGCUGCUGUCUCCGUCCACAGUACACAUAGCUUAGCUUCCAUGUCUGUACUCCUGCCCAUUUCUCCAAACUGGGGUGUGCUGACCGCCAACUACUGUUGACAACACUCUCAGUAUGAAUAAAUACUUCAUACAACCCCUCUUCAAAAAAUUCAAACUAUCCAGUCAAACAACAAUUGUUACCUGUAUGACCUUGUUUGUGCUUGAAGUACUUUAUUUGCUUGUAAAGUGAGGGGUUUUGCAUUGUGAUGCAUUUUUUUUAAUGAAAAAGCCAAAUAGGCCUUUAACAAAGAAGACAUUUUAACUUGUCACAGUAGGGAAAAUCAGAUAUAAAUUAUUACAUGAACGAAGUUAACUGUCAUUUAGCUGUUUUAGUUUCAGGUUGCUGUAUGGAACACAUGAAUACAACAGCGCCAUCAUUAAGGACAUCAUUAACCAUAACGCUUUUCCUACUAUGACAAAAUGUCUGCUGUAAAAAAAAAAAGGCCUAUUGUAAAUGCAUUUGUGUUCUUGCUGUCAUCACACUUGAUAAGACGUUACUGUUUCCAGGAAUUUCUUUCAGUGGUGCAACUCUUUGUGCUUUUGUUGUGAUUCACACAUUCUCACUUGAUCAAAGAAACUUCUUUAAACCCAGGGGAUCAGAAAAAGCAGCAGGAUCAGCGGACUGAACACAGCUGCGUCUCAGUGGUUCUCCCAAACAAAUUACUAGGAGAUAAAUGUUGAUAAACUAAGUAGAUUGUUUCUUAAAAAUCACACUGUAAGAGUUGUAAAAUUGUGAUCACAACUUGAUCGCAAACGUGAACAGCUGCUUUUUAAGUGCUUUAUUUUUUUCUCCUGUUGAAGUAUUACAAAGAUUUCUGCAUUUCUUUCAGCUGUGUCAGAUCAGGAGAUAAUCACUUCAGUCUGGCUUUUUCUGGACUUUCUGUGUCCGAGCAUUCUCUAGUUUUUCUUUUUGAUAAUGAAUAUCAGUUUGUCCUGCCACCUUCCCAUGAUGCAGUAUGUUCUGUAGCUGUCGCAGCCCGCUGAGUGCAAUUAUGGCAAUCUGUUGUUUUUGUGCAUUGCUUUGUAAAGACGUCCGUGGGGCUUCAGAUCUGUGUGCAGUCAUGUCAAGCAAGUCCUCGUUUCAUAGUUCUUCAGAACAUUAUGUGCCUUGGAAUAAAACGCUUUUGUAAUGUCA